GCGCCACUUUCAUCAAGCAGAAGCCAAGGAGAGACUUUCUGAGAUUACCUUCCCAAGGUUGACAUAAAAUGGCGUCUAUACCAGUUAUUGUGAAGCACCAGGGUAAACGUCAUGAGGUCGAGCUGGACCCAUCCUCGAACGGUGAAACACUCAAGUACCAACUAUAUUCCCUCACCGGUGUUGAACCCGAGCGACAGAAAAUCCUGGUCAAAGGAGGACAACUCAAAGAUGAAACUCCACUGUCCUCGCUCAACGCCAAACCGGGCCAGACAUUCAUGAUGAUGGGGACGCCUGCUGGUGGCCAGGGCUCCGCGGAUUUGGGCCGCCCGAAAGAAGCAGUGAAGUUUCUGGAGGACAUGACGGAGGCUGAGGCAGCAAGGGCAGAGGGGGCUACCCCUGCUGGUCUUCAGAACCUUGGUAAUACUUGCUAUCUCAACUCAACGCUACAGACACUGAGAAGUGUUCCCGAGCUCCAGCAGGAGCUUCAGAGAUACCGUCCUUCUGCAGGUGCGGGUGGAUCAUCGAACCUCUCCGAUCUCAGCAGUCUUGGGCUUGGCGGUCUCGGCGCUUCGAUGGACCUUACCUCCUCUCUGAGAGAUCUAUUCAAGCAGAUGUCUGAAACGCAGGAAGGUUUCCCACCACUUAUGUUUCUUAACGCUCUGAGGAACGUGUUCCCCCAGUUUGCUCAGAGAGAUCGAAAUGGCCAUGGUUAUGCCCAACAAGAUGCCGAAGAGGCUUGGUCCCAGAUCGUAACUCAGUUGCGGAAUAAACUUAUGAUCAAGGAGGGUGAGGGGGAAUCUAGCAACGAGGUAUCUUUUGUGGAUAAGUACCUUGCCGGAAGGUUUGAGUCUGUUACGGAAUGUGAUGAUCCGGGAGCAAAAGAGGCUGGCGAACAACCUACUCAAAGCUCAGACGUCUUUUAUAAGCUUGAUUGUCACAUUGGUAAAGAAACUAAUCACCUGCACGAUGGCAUCAAAGCUGGUCUCGAAGAGAAGAUUGAGAAGCGUUCCCCUACUUUGGAUCGUGAUGCUGUGUACACGAAACGUUCAAGUAUUGCUCGAUUGCCCAAAUACUUGACUGUACAUUUUGUUCGGUUCUUUUGGAAGCGUGAAACCCAGAAAAAGGCUAAGAUCAUGCGUAAAGUAACGUUUCCUGCUGAGUUGGAUGCGGUGGAUUUCUGUACGGACGAACUCAAACGACAACUGAUCCCCAUUCGAGACAAAGUACGGGAGAUCCAAAAGGAAGAACUUGAUAUCGAGCGUGCUCGCAAGCGUCAGAAGACCACACAUCAGCAGGAGGUAGAGAAAAACACUGAAGUGGAGACCUCUCUGGAGCCAACGCAGAAGAAGAAAGCAUCCGAAGAACGCAAAAAUGCAGGGAAGGCUGCCGAGAAGGAUGGUGAUUCCGCAAUGGAAGAUGUCUUCAAGUCCGAUGCAGACUAUGAGGCUGAAAAAGCAGCUUCUAUACUUGCAGCGAAGAAAGAGCUUUCCUUGCUUAUCGAUCCGAAGCUCGGCUCGGACGAGGGUACUAACAAGUCAGGCCUUUAUGAGUUACGUGGAGUAAUCACGCACCAAGGUGCCAGCGCCGAUAGUGGUCACUACACCGCAUAUGUCAAAAAGCAAGCCAACGGUAACAAGGAAGAGGACGGAAAGUGGUGGUGGUUCAACGAUGAGAAAGUGACCGAAGUAGAGGCGGAGAAGAUCGAGACUCUUUCUGGCGGCGGCGAGUCCCAUUCUGCGCUGAUCCUCCUCUACCGCGCGAUUGACCUCCCCACUGCGAACUGAGUAUACUCAUAGUAGGGGCUUCGGAUUCACGGGUUCACAAGGCCCAUGAUAAUCAAAAAUUAAUCGCACAUGUUGAACACGAGUGAUGUCUACAUUAGUGGGAGAAAUAGUUUGGCUUUAGGUGUUGUUUCUUAUGACGCUCAGCUUGGCCCUGUUCAUUUAACUCUGUGAGAUGUCUUCUGUGCUAGGGAACCCUUUGAAACUGCCCUGCUAGCAGCGGGAUUCCCGCCUUUCAUGCGUGCUAGAUUGGAUAGACCCAACACUUAGAAUAAAGGAAAUAUCAGGAGCCAGCUGUUCAAGAGCCUUGCAACUAUAUCGAUAGGAAAUACUAGUAGCCAUCGCAUAUCGUAUCACGUGAUACGGAAAUUGAUGCCUCGGCAUAUCCACUAUGAGCUCGCAGGUAAUUCAACCGCCAA